UCGAGAAAAAAACUUUCCAGCGGUGAGGAGGAUGAUGAAGUGCACAGCGAGAUGGUGGGAGCAGCUGUUGGAGUGAGCAAUGCCAGCGGGGAUCAUAAUCGGCAUGAUGAUUUGCUCCUGCAGUGAAAAUAAACCUAGGAAACCAACUUUUUUUUUGUUUUACUACUGGAAAAAAUGAUCUGAUGCUCACUUUUAGUCUGAGCUCAUUUUUGAGGAUUUUAUCACAAAUUGUUGUGAUCGACUGAGCACGCUGGACGGAUACCUGAAUCGAACCUUUUCUCCCAAAACGUAACCUUUUGUUUUGAACUGGAAAAAUGAUUUGAUUGUCACUUUGAUUUGAUUUGAUUUCUUUUUUUUUUAAAUGUUAAUUCAUCAGUAGCCAUCUUCGUCAUGUUUCUUCUUCAACUCCUUGUGGUUCUGAACGUGGGCUGGAGGGCUGGCUGCUCCGAGCCGUCGUCCAUUACCAUCCAGUACCGCGUCUGGGAAGAGCAACCUGCGGGAACUCGGGUGGGCCGGCUGGUGGACGACCUCUGGCAAAUGGACCAGGUGGGUCCUCUGGAAAACUUCCAGGUUGCGGAGCAUGGGUGGGCCCUUCCUUUUGCCAUCAAUGCCGGAGAUGGUGAGAUCUCCACCCAGGGCCGCUUGGACCGGGAGGAGCUGUGUCGCGGUGCAGACGAGUGCGAAGUGGCCUUUAGUGUCCUGUACAGGAAGAGCGGGGCGGUGCACUGCCUGCGGGUUCACGUGGAGGUGAUGGACCUGAAUGACAAUAGCCCCAGCUUUGCCAGUCCCGUCCAGGAGUUGGAGAUCUCGGAGACGGCCGGAUUACGGAUGAGGAUUCCGCUGGAAUGCGCGGUGGAUCCGGAUGCAGGAGCCAAUGGAAUUCAGACAUACACGUUGUCCUUCAACCAGCAUUUUGAGCUAGACGUGACUUCUGCGCUGGGUGGCACCAAACAGGCGGAGCUGGUCGUGAUCAAAGAAUUGGAUCGGGAAGUUCAAGGAUCCGUUGAGCUCACCUUGACCGGGUGGGACAAAGGGAACCCGCCGAGGUCUGGGAGUGCUUUAAUUCGUGUUUAUAUUCUAGACUCCAAUGAUAACAGUCCUACCUUUGAAGACAGCGCACCCAUGGUGGAGAUACCUGAGAACACAGAACGUGGGACAACGAUCAUCCAUCUAAGAGCCACGGACCCCGACCAGGGUGCCAACGGGGAGGUGGAAUACUCGCUGAGUAAGCACUCACAUCCUGACGUUCAGAGGCUCUUCUUCGUGGAUCCACAGAGUGGCGCUGUGAGCAUCAGAGCUCCUCUGGACUACGAGGCCCAGACCUCUCAUGAAGUGGUGGUACAGGCCCGCGAUCGCGGACCCAACUCCAUUCCCUCACACUGCAAGCUCCAUGUCAAGCUUGUGGAUGUCAACGACAACGCCCCGAGGAUCCACAUGACCUGGACUCAUCCCAGCUCUCCAGCUGCGACGGUGCUUGAAGGGGCGCCAGUAGACACCUUCCUGGCUUUGGUGAGGGUUUCGGAUGCAGACUCUGGAGAAAACGGGAAAGUGACGGCUAUGAUUCAACACGGUUCCGGCCCCUUCCAUAUCAAAAAGAUCCCCGGUGAAAAUUACAUGAUCGUAACUGCGGGUGUCUUGGAUCGAGAGAAAGUGAUGGACUAUAAUAUCACACUGGUGGCGCGGGAUUACGGAGAUCCGCCAUUAACCUGCGUGAAACACCUGCCUGUCCUGGUUUUGGAUGAGAACGACAAUACGCCGGUGUUUUCCUCAGAUGUUUACAAAUCUUCAUUCAAGGAGAACAACGUCGCAGGCUACCAAGCCCUCAAGGUCCAAGCGCAUGACGCAGACUUGGAGCUCAGCGGCAGAGUUUUGUACUACCUUUACAACUCCAGCGACGUAAAGUCUCCCACCCAGCCUUUCUCCAUCCACCCAACCAGCGGUGUUGUCAGCGUCGUUCAGCCGCUGGACUAUGAAGAGUACCACUCAUAUUUAUUCCUGGUGGAGGCUGUGGACCAGGGUCACCCGCCUCUUAGGACCACAGCCACGGUGCAAAUUGACAUUCAGGAUGUGAAUGACAACUACCCGGUCAUCAAAGAUCCGCGGCCCAAACAGGGCGUGGCUCAGCUCAGUGUUCCCAUCAAUAUGGAUCGUGGGACCAUUGUAACGGAGCUGGGUAGCGACGGUGAGGAAGGAUUGACCGCUUUGCCCACCGAGCACUCAGUCCCACAGGGAUUUGACGGAUUUCUUGCCUCCACCAUAAAGGCUGAAGAUUCCGACUCGGGACUGAACGGACAACUCCAAUACUUCAUCACCGAUGGCAACCCCCUCUUCUGGUUAGAUCAGGCCACGGGUCAAUUGUUUGUCAACACCACCAACGCCACCCAACUCAUCGGGAAAACAGUGAAGGUGGACAUUUCUGUCUCUGACAUGGGGACCCCCAGCCUAGCCACCAAGGCCACACUGGAGGUGACUUUCAUCAACCUCAAGGAUCACUUGAAGAACUCGUCCACUGGGGACCGGGGGCGGUUCAGUUUCACCAUGAUGCUGGCCAUCUGCUUGGGGGCGACGUGUCUUCUGCUACUUCUCGCCAUCGCCUCGGUCACAACCUUCUGCAGACCCGACAAAAGGGAGUACCGGGCCUACAACUGCAGGCAGGCUGAAUCCACAUACACGUGCCAUCCGCGCCGUCCACAGAAGAACAUCAGAAAGUCGGACAUUCAGCUAAUUCCCGUAAUGAGGGACCACAAAGAGGAGAUCGUGCUGGAGGACAGUGAAAAGACGCCACUCACCCCGUCGCAUGACCAACCCCCGGAGAAGGUCUUAGAGUUGACGCCACUGAUGAUGAACUCGAGCUUCCAUUCCCAAACACACCUCGAGGGCGAUAUCCCUCAUGGCAGGACUCUACGAAAACCUGCACACAUCCAACUGGACCCCACCUUGCCUCUGACGCCGGUGACUUCCUAUUGUACACUUCGCAAGGCAAGAAACCAGUCGUCAACGUCGUCUUCAGGAUCCCAUUCGAGCACGCUGAAGCGGAAGGCGGCGGAGACGGCAGCUUCGACACCUCAGGCGACUCUCAGAAGGCCCAAGACAUCAGAGGGUCGCGAGUCCAGUGACGCGGAAAAGCAACAGAUGCUCCGGAAUCUGGUGCGACUGUCCAUGGCGGCCUUCGCCGACUCUAUUGAAUUCUCGUCGGCCUCCCCAGAAGUGCAGCAGAUUUCUCAGCUGCUGUCGCUCCUACGUCAAGGUCAGCUGCAGCCUCGGACCAACUUCCGCGGAAACAAAUACUCUCACCGAGCUGCCGCAAGGUACGCGGGUCAGGACUGUUCUGACUGGCAGAGCACCAAGGACAGCGGGCACGGAGAGAGCGAGGCGGGCGACAUGGACUGGGAGGUGGGGAGGGACUCACCCGUCGACCCCCAUCUUGAGGAGGGAUUGCACGACCUGCUCAAUCAAACUGAAGACAUCAGUGACCCGUCGUGGAUGGCGCGUCUGUCUGUGACUCUGUCGGGAGAUUACCACGACAACGUCUUCGUGCCCAACGAGCCUCCAUCCUCUGAUAGCGAGCUGAUGCCGCGUCACGCCUUGGACUCCUCGUCAUCCUUCUCCACUUUCGGAAAAACCCCAGACAAGGACAGCCCACUGGGCGGGGCCUUGCUCUCGGAGGUCAGCACGCUCUUCGAGAUGCUGAUGACGCAGAAAGCCGAUGCCCACCCGGGCCCUCGAGCCGACGUCCUCUACCGGCUGUCUUCGGCAUAUCGACGCUCGUUGGAAGUGGAUAGCGGUACGCCCGCUACUAGCACCCAAAUGAGAGGCCUGCCCCCACAGCCUGGACACUUUUGACACUGGAAACCAAAGAAAUCACAGCGAGUGUUAUGUACUAUCAUUUGCUUUGUAAUUUAAACUAUUAAGUCAUUUGUCCUUGCUUGACUGCAACAGUUCCAAACAGAAAUGCAUAAAAAAAAAAAAAAAACGCACACCGUGUCCAAAUAAUCCCUACAUUGCCGAAAAUGUCCUUGACUGUUGUCAAUUGGACCUAUUUGAAUUGUUCUGUUUGUUUCACUGUAUUUAUAGCAGUCCAGAUAGUCUGGAGCAACACAAUAGAGUGUCUACAAGUAUAAACGACAACAUUACAAAUAAAUGAAAACAAAAUGUGAAACGCUUUUAUGAAGUAUACAGACUUAGAUAAAUUUCAGUCAGUCUGGGAGGUCUGUGAGUCUCUUUAGAGUGAGACAAUCAUCACAAACAAUACAUUAGGUCUGAGUUUGUUGGGUUGAUUUCCUAAAUUUCCAAUGUUUAUCAUGAAACUUCGACGUUAAGUUGCGCCCACCUGCAAUGACCAAAACAUUUUGCUCGUCAUAUUCGGCUCUGUAGUCUGGGGAAAAAAAGGCCUUAAAAUGGCCGCCUACCUGUAUCUCUUCAGGUAUUUUUUUUGAGACUAUUUUGCAGACCAUCUUAUGACCGACACACCUACCAAAUUUCAUGUUGAUCAGUCAGUCUCCAGGGGGAUGGAUUUAAACAAAAACUGGAGGUUUGAAUAAGGGGAGUCCAUGAAAAAAAACAAAUCAAAAUAAAACAAAAAAGUCUAAACGGCAUUUACAUUGUAAAGUAAGAAUUCCCAUUCUACGUAACAUUUUAUUUUAUCAUUUUAUUUUGUUUUGGGCGGUUCACAUUUCGUAUUGAGUUUCAUUUCUUCAUUUUGUUUGUACUCCUGGGCCACCGUAGCACAAUGACAGACAAAAUCAUCAUACCGAAAAGCAAGAAGCACAGUUUCAUUGUAAAAAAUGAAAUGUGGCAUUUAUGACUCUUUUUUUUUUUUUUGGUAAUGUCAAACGUUGAUUGCACUGACAAUUGAGCGGCUUUUUAAGGGAAUCCAAUUUUGUCUUGUGUCAACACUGAAUCAAAUCAGGCUUUAUACUCAAAAGAGGAAGAUGAAGACAUGGAGGACGUGAAGACAAGUUGUCACGAGAAGGUCGCUGGGUGGAAACAAUGAAGAAGGGGAAACAGGAAAUGGGAGAAAGGAAGUCGCUUUGAUGGCAAAUAAAUGGAGGGAGGCCAAUGGCCACCAGACUGUUUUAUA